GGUCAACCCAGGACGUCACCAAAACACUAAACAAAGCCAUUCUUGCUGAUUGCGCCAAGUCACAAAAUUCAAUGGUGUAUUAUUGGCUGUGAUAUUCAGAGCCAUGGACGACAAUACCAGGGCCAAGUACGAAGAAAAGGCCAAAGAGGCCCGUGCCUCUCUCAAGAAGUGGGAGAAUGACUGGGCUGACGGGCACAACGGCGCCAAACCCGGCCGCCAGGACAUAAAAGACCAUCCCGAUAUUGCUCUACAGUAUAAAGAAUACAAUAAAAUCCGCGAAAUCCUUGCUGGCAAGGUCGCGCCACCGAAACCAACCGUCUCCCCGAAACCUCAGAAACGACGAUCCGAUGUCCUCCCUGCCCAGACGCCGGUAAAACGAAGCAGGUUGACAGAGACACCGUCAAAGCCUGCACUAGGAGCAGACCUCAUGAUGAAUAGCCCGGCCAUAUCCCGAAAGCUGUUUAGCCCAGCACCAGUCACAUCUAUUGGCCCUACACCGCAACGAGACGGCCGCGUGUUAGGUCUCUUUGACUUGCUGGUCGAUAAAGAGCUCGGGUCACCGUCAAAAGGCUCCAUGAUGUCACCGAGUAAACCGAGAUCCAACAUAAACGCCACACCUAGCAAAAAACGCAGCGCAGUCGACGAGAUUGCCCUCGGCCGCACACCAAAAUCCAACAGCAAUCGAAACAGCACCUUCAUGACACCGCUAAAGAAGAGAGACGACAAUGCUGGAGGAAGAACGCCUGGCUCCAUUUCCAAGACGCUGCAGUUUGACACGCCGGCUUUUCUGAAGCGCCAUUCACUGCCUGCCGUGCUAGAGAAUGCAGCAGACCUGCCUGCGCCACCGCUACGGCUGCCCAGGAAGCCUAUUGUUCGCGGACUAAGUGAAAUUGUUGCCAGUCUUCGCAAAGUGGAAGAUGACCAGCUUGACGAGGACCUGGAGGCUCUCCGAGAAAUGGAGAACGAAGAGAUGGGCGAGGGAGCGACAUCACUGCCGCAACUGCCAAAACUUAAGCCAGUAUCGCCGGACGCAAGUAUUCUUGAGAAAGAUAGUCAGGCUCUUCCUCUAGGCGGUUUCGACGACGAAGGCAUGUAUGAUAGCUCGGAUGAAGAGCAGCUCGGCCGGGACGGGUUGCCUCUCAAGGUGUUCAAGAAGAAGGGUCAGAAGAGAACAACACGCAUCUCCAACAUGAAGCCGAUGCAGAAGAUGAGGCCCGCUGCCCUCGAUGAAAACGGCAACAUUAUUGAAGGAGCCGACGAGGACGAUAAGGACGAUAAGCCGAAGAAACCUAGAAAGGUCAAUGAGCUGGCCCAUGCAAACUUUAAGCGAUUGAAGUUGCGAAGUAAAGGAGGUAAAGGCGGUCCGUCGUUUGGUGGGCGGUUCCGAAGACGGUAGACAAGAAAAGAAGCACACACGGCAUGAUUAUGACAUGGUAGGCUACGGCGUUUAUAGCGAGGCAUUGGUUUAUUAUUUUAUUACCACAAGGGAAUUGUCCAUUCUUGAUACCUGGA